UAUUUUGAUCGGGAACCCUCUGCAGUUUACUAUAGCAUAUGAAAAUGACAGAAUGGCGUCACUGAUCGAAUCGUACGAGCAACAAUAUUCCAGCCUGACAGCUGAUAUUACUCACAAUAUUAGUAAAAUAUCAAAUACACAUGGAGCUGAGAAGCAAAAAUACAUCAGACAGGUUGACAAACUGUUUGAUGAGGUGUCCGAACUGCUGGAACAGAUGGAGUUGGAGGUGAAAGAUUUACCAUCAAGAGAUAAACAGAAGUAUCAGACUCGUGUCAAAAGUUAUAAAACUGAGCUUGGAAAACUACAGACCGACACACGGCGAGCUAAACUUGGUAUAGAUAGCAGUCGAGAUGAGCUUCUAGGAGAUGACACACAUGAGUCUGAGGAUCAGAGAAAAAGACUUUUGGACAACACAGAUUCCCUGGAUCGUUCUUCACGGCGGUUGGAUCAUGGAUACAGAAUUGCUCUGGAGACUGAGGAAAUGGGUGCCCAAGUUUUACAGGACCUAAGUGGUCAAAGACAGACUAUACAGCGAUCAAGAAAUAGGCUUGAAGAAAUGAAUAGCAGUCUCGGAAAAAGUUCUCGUGUCUUAUCUGGGAUGAUGAGAAGGAUUAUACAGAACAGAUUGAUGUUGGUGAUUAUUUGUGCAAUAUUACUUUUGGUGAUAGGAUUAGCUAUAUAUUUCAUUGUGAAAAGAAACUCUUGAUGGUGGUCCUUGACUUUUAUAGAAUAAAACUUGUGGGAUCAUGACAGUGGCAAUAUUGAUGGGAUUCUGAGGGAAAUGCUGUCAACAGACCUUUUAUCAUCGGGGACACACAUGAUUGAUGCUGUACAACAUUAAGGAGAAUUCUUCAGAUCAAGAAGUAGACAGAGUAAUGGCGUAAAUUCUACAUAUCUACAAACACUGCUGGACAAAUUAGGGGUCUUAGUUGCUUCAAUACUCAAUAUUAAUUUGAUAAUAUAUUUAUUACAUUUUUAACAGUAAAAUAUUAAGAAUGAUCAAUUUAAUAAUUGUUUAUCACUGCUUAUAUCAUCACUAGUUAUGAUAUGACUGUUUGUAUUGAUCUAUCAGAGUGAUAUUUUGAUAUCAUCUCUAGUUAUGAUAUAACUGUUGGUAUUGAUCAAUCAGAGAGAUAUUUUGAUAUCAUCACUAGUUAUGAUAUAACUGUUGGUAUUGAUCAAUCAGAGAGAUAUUUUGAUAUCAUCACUAGUUAUGAUAUAACUGUUGGUAUUGAUCAAUCAGAGAGAUAUUUUGAUAUCAUCACUAGUUAUGAUAUAACUGUUGGUAUUGAUCAAUCAGAGAGAUAUUUUGAUAUCAUCACUAGUUAUGAUAUAACUGUUGGUAUUGAUCUAUCAGAGAGAUAUUUUGAUAUCAUCACUAGUUAUGAUAUAACUGUUGGUAUUGAUCAAUCAGAGAGAUAUUUUGAUAUCAUCACUAGUUAUGAUAUAACUUGGUAUUGAUCAAUCAGAGAGAUAUUUUUAUAUCAUCUCUAGUUAUGAUAUAACUUGGUAUUGAUCAAUCAGAGAGAUAUUUUGAUAUCAUCACUAGUUAUGAUAUAUAUAACUGUUGGUAUUGAUCAAUCAGAGAGAUAUUUUGAUAUCAUCACUAGUUAUGAUAUAACUGUUGGUAUUGAUCAAUCAGAGUGAUAUUUUUAUGUUAUCUCUAGUUAUGAUGUAACUUUUGGUAUUGAUCAAUCGGAGAGAUAUUUUCUAUUUACCACAUUGAAAUAUGUUUUCGGUUAAGAUGUAAAUUAAGUGUUGGUAGAAUAUUAAGUGGUUAUCGAGGGAUAUUUUGCUACACCUUUAGCAGUUUUGAAUCACAUACAUAUUUAUCAUAAUUUUGCAAAAAAACCUUGUAAGGUAACAAUAGGAAAUGCUGAAUACUCUGAUUUCUAUGCUUUUUAGCUCACCUGGUCCGAAGUUUUGCAGAAUUGAUAUAAACGACUUCUGCUCUGAAACUAAGCAAUGGAUAUCGCUCAUAU